UAACAUAAAUUGUUAUUUCUUUGUGUUUUUCUUUGUAAGUGUUGAUCAUGUGCUCAACAUGAAAAUUUGCAUAGUGUGCUCAAAAGAGGAUUCUUUGUAUAAAUGCCCAAAGUGUCUGUCUCCAUAUUGUACAUCAUGUUGUUUUAAGAAGCACAAGUCGGAUGGCUGUGAGGAAGCAAAGAAGAUCGUUUGUCCAGAACCACCCAGAAAAAAGUACAAACACUUCACAGAAGACACAGUACCGAUUGAAAAACUCGAACUACUGAAAACCAACAAGAAACUCCUGGAGAUAUUGGAAAACCAUCAUCUUAGGCGUAUAAUGGAAGAUAUCGACAACGCGAGGAGUACAGAGGACAGCAAGCGUCUCAUACAAGACGCAAUGGUCGAACCGAUUUUCGUCGAGUUCGCCGAUGAAUGCCUACGAGUCGUCGAGGAUGUAUGAUUUCCCAACACUGAAAGUCUUAAAGUGUGUGAUUGUAAUUAAGUUUAUAUAUAACUGUGAUCAUUAGAAUUGUAUUUGACAAACUUUUUCUGUACAAAUAAAUGUUUCUUAAAUGUC